AAAAAUCCGAGACCUUGAAGGGCUUCGGACCAGGAAGAGAGGAUUGAGAACCAUAGAGAACAUUGGGAACCGGGUAAGGGAACUCCAUCUUUCUGCUCCAUCGCUUUCCGUUGGUCAAUGGCCAUGGCGUGACUUGUCCAAGCAAAUAGAUUUUGUUAACACUGUCUUGUGCUUGGAUUCACCAUCUCGCUUACACCAGCGCAAAGAUUUUGCAUUCGGGGCUGAAUUCAAGGUAAGUCUUGUGCCCAUGUGCUUAGUUUCAUCGUCAACUUUGUUACUACGUUGCUACGUUGAAAUUCUGUCACUCCUCGCGGAAGUAGUAGGGAGCAGAUGCUGUCGAUGUCUUGGGCAGACUGAGAAUCAAUUCAAUUCAAUCAUGACGACCAUUUGCCAGGCAGUUUCCGCAAGUGGAUUGUUUUUGCCUUCUGUUACCGACAAUGGUUGGCGACUAAAAGGAGCUUCGCAGCUUAUGACUCAGGGAGUUGGCUCCAGGAUAUCUACGAGAACUUUGCAACGGAAUUGUGUGACCUUCUGUUCCAGUAACAACUUUCCUUCAGAUGAUGCGAACAAAUCUUUGGGAAAAAAUAUCGAAAACUUGGCGUGGUGGGAGAAAGUCAACACUGCUGCAGUUGGAGUAAUUUUGGGAGUUGGCAUUGGUGCAUCUUCUCUUGCUUUGCCAGCAUUUGCAGAUUUUUUGAGCUUCGAUCACGCUGAUUUACGUGGCAGAGAUAUGUCUAAUCAAAAUUUAAGAGGCGUUGUAUUCGCAGCAUGUGACUGUAGGAAGAUAAACCUGGAGGGGUCGACUAUGGACGGCAGCACGGACACUUUCGCGGGUUUUGAAGGUGGCAACUUGAAGAAUAGUUCCUGGAUACGGGCUUUUGCAGAUCGUGUAGUCUUCCGUGGUGCAAAUCUAGAAAAUGCGAAUUUCACGGAUGCUGUUUUAUCUGGAUCUCAGUUCGAUGGGGCUGACAUUACGGGAGCCGAUUUUACAGAUGCUCUUGUGGACAAUUAUCAACGUUUGCAGAUGUGUAGAAGAGCCAAGGGCGUUAAUCCUACCACGGGUGUUGCAACUCGUGAGAGUUUGUUCUGUUGAGAUUUAGCAGAUUUAGAAGUUGGCGGUUUGAUGCCUGGCUGAUUCUCUAGAAGAUAAAAUUAAGAGUACUCAUUUCAUGAAUAUACUGACUGUACAGAAAAUUGAAUGUGAACCAUAAUAUUAAACUGUUCAAUGUCUGCCAUUGAAACACUAA